GCUAUUGUAGUAGUGCAAAAUUACCGUGAGUGUUAAGCGAUUUCGAACGUGCAAAAUCAAAUACUCACUCGUGAGAUGGAUUCGCGUCAACCGAAAAGCUUGGCACGAUUGGCCAAAAAUAUGUGGAAAUUCAGAGAUUCGCUAGGAGAGAUGGAUGCAACAUCUCAUGUAACACCAGAAGAUGAGGAAAGUCUGUUUGAAGGUAAAAUCGCAGAUUAUCCGAAGAUCGUGCGAAAUGUAGAUGCAGAGCGCAGAAGAUCAUCAGCCACCUAUCAGGCAAUCAAAGUGUUAAAUUCUCAAAUUCUCGACUCGUCAGAGGAGGACUAUUCCAGUUUCGACGAGGACCUCGGUUCUGACGACGACGAGGAAAUAGCUGUUGCUCGAUUGAUAUUCCAAGGGCAACGUGAAGUCAGUAUUGACAGCAAGAGAAAAUUGCGAAUCGAGAUGGAACUGCAGAGGAUGAAGGAAGAGAAUUUGCGAUCAAGCGUGCCGUAUCUGGCGUCCUUAAAAGACGGCGACAAAAAAGACAAAGUUAAUGAUGUUGUCAUUGAUGUGUAUCAGCCUACAACUACUCCGAUACGCAUUGCAACCCAGGUUCUUGCAGCAUUGGCAGUAUCCCUGGGAUCCUUGGUGGUAGGAUUUUCAUCUGGGUACACUUCACCAGCUUUAGUUACGAUGACAAGUGAAAACAACACAUUUGGUGUCACAUCGCAACAGGUGUCCUGGGUAGGUGGAAUAAUGCCUCUAGCAGCAUUGGCCGGGGGUAUAAUUGGAGGACCGCUCAUUGAGAAAUUUGGACGAAGGAUGACGAUACUGGCAACUGCUCCGCCUUUCGCGUUGGCAUGGCUACUGAUCGCAUGCGCAACCGACAUAUGGUACGUCUUAUCAGGACGGGCUCUGUCCGGACUAUGUGUCGGAAUCGCCACAUUGUCAUUACCUGUAUAUUUGGGAGAAACCCUGCAAUCAGAAGUCCGUGGCACAUUGGGCCUUUUACCCACCGCGUUGGGUAAUAUCGGAAUCCUUGUAGUAUUUUCGACGGGAAUGUAUUUAGACUGGCGUGCCCUGGCGUACAUUGGAGCUGCUCUUCCAAUACCAUUCUUUUUACUAACUCUUCUGAUCCCAGAAACUCCGCAUUGGCAAGUUGCGCACGGUAAUGAGCAAGGAGCAAGAAAAUCUUUGCAAUGGCUGAGAGGUGGCAACGAAUUAGAAGUUGCUGCAGAACUUAAAAAUAUUGUGAGCACGAUUGAAUCGGAAAAUAUAUCGAAAAAUAUAACAAUACUGGAUUUAUUCAAGAGAAAUAACCUCAAACCUCUAUUAAUUUCGUUAGGUUUGAUGUUGUUCCAACAAUUCAGUGGAAUCAACGCCGUCAUCUUUUACACGGUAAUGAUUUUUAAAGAUGCUGGAAGUUCUGUAGAUGAGAACCUUUGCACGAUCAUAGUUGGAUUUGUAAAUUUCGGCGCUACAUUUUUGGCCACGGUAUUGAUAGAUCGUCUUGGACGCAAGGUGUUGCUUUACAUAUCAGGAAUUGCAAUGACCAUAACACUCAUUACUCUCGGAGGAUUCUUCUAUGUGAAACACAUAGGAACAGAUGUAUCUACGAUUGGCUGGUUGCCUUUGGCCUGCUUCGUCAUUUAUGUAGUAGGCUUUUCACUUGGUUUUGGACCGGUGCCGUGGCUGAUGAUGGGCGAAAUUUUACCUAGUAAAGUCAGAGGUACAGCCGCAUCCGUCGCUACGUCUUUCAAUUGGCUUUGCACAUUUUUAGUAACGAAAACAUUCACGGACAUGUUAGUCGUAAUGGGAACAUAUGGCGCAUUCUGGUUAUUCGGAACCGUGUGCGUAAUAGCAUUAUUCUUUGUAUUUUUCUUCGUGCCAGAGACACAAGGAAGAAGUUUAGAGGACAUAGAACUGAGCAUGCGCGGUCAUUCUAGGAAAGUGGGUUCAUUAGCCAAUAUGAAACCAUUGCCGAAUGAGUGCUGAUGUACUAAUAAAUCAUUAUAUUUGUGAAUAAUGUGCAUUUAAAUAAUAUUAAUUUUAAAUUUAAUAAACUUUGAAUGUA